CCUCGCUAUCGUAAUAAGCUAUUUAGUAGUCGGUAUAUAAUACUGAUUAGCGACUUUUUCCAACUGCCCCCUAUUGCUAAGAAGCUAUUGUUUACCAAUAUAGCGAACCUAAGUGCUACUAAGGUAGUCGGCUAUAACGUAUAUCUAGCGUUCGACUAUACCGUUGAGCUCAAGGAGGUCGUAAAGUAG